UAAAUCGGGAGUCUGUUAAAUCGGAAACUAUCUGUUAAAUCGAGAACAUUAAUCUUGUUCCUGGUUUUCUGUUGGUUAUUGAACAAAAAAGUAAAACAAGUUGAACGGCACAAAUUGUGAAGAGAAAUAUGAUGGGAAUUACAGUUGCAAAUAUUAAUUUAGUGCACGAGCGUUGUGCCAGUUAUGAUACUGGAUAAAUUGGAAGUUAUUUUCUGCAUCUGAAUAAUGAUUUGAGUGAUUGCAUGACAUAGGAAGGUGAUAACAAUGGGCUUCUUAAAUUUUCACAAUCAUGAAAGUCAUUAACAGUUCGGGGUAUUUCCCAACCGACUGAAAUGAAAACAAGAUGCUCAAGUGUGACAUUUCGUUGGUAUUAAAUUUCGUAUAAAUAUUCUACAGGUGAAAGAAUAUGGUAAAUAUUUCACGGAGUUUAAAAUAUUACAUGCAAUUUUGAGCUGUGAGUGCAUUUUGUAAAGUUAAAAAUGACGCCGUUAAAAAUGUUCACUACGCUGAAAAGGAUGUCGUUGCCGUAUCGGAGGUCAAAAAGUGACAGUCAAUACUUUGGUGGCAAACGAUCAAAUUCCUUUGUCAACAGUCAAGAGUGGACUUUGAGUCGGUCCGUCCCUGACCUAAAACUGGGUAUCCUGGGCCAUGUACAGAGUGGGAAGUCGGCCCUCGUCCACCGAUACCUGACAGGGUCAUACAUGCAGGAGGAGUCACCCGAAGGUGGUCGAUUUAAGAAGGAGGUCAUAAUAGAUGGUCAGAGUUAUCUUCUCCUGAUCCGAGACGAGGGGGGAAUACCAGAGAUGCAGUUCACACAGUGGGUAGAUGCCGUGAUAUUUGUGUUCAGCCUGGAGAAUGAGGUCAGUUUCCAGUCCGUGUACCAGUACUACCUGAAAAUGACCCACUUCAGAAAUACUGCUGAAAUCCCCCUUAUACUCGUCGGUACCCAAGAUGCUAUAAGCGAGAGUAACCCUCGUGUGAUAGACGAUACAAGAGCGCGAAAACUGGCCAACGACUUAAAGCGGUGUUCAUACUACGAAACUUGUGCCACCUACGGCCUCAACGUAGAGAGAGUCUUUCAAGAUGCGUGUUCUAGAAUAGUGCAGUUUCGUUACCCCAGUAUGCCUUCAGCCCUGCCAAACGUGCCAAGUACCCCUAACCACUCCCAGCGCCCCUUCUACGCUUCACAAUCAUCCAAACCGUACGACACCCACAGCAAUAGUAGCCAGUCAACGUCCAGUAGCGGGACGCUCAUUACGAGGCAUGAGCCUGGAACCAUUGCUACGGUACCGCCCACACCUAAAGAUAUGGGAAAGGAGAAGGAAUCUCGAGAUAAAUCCGACAAGAAGAAGGACAAACACAAACAGAAGGAUCAGCAGCAGCUGCCUCUAGAUGAUGAGGACGACGUAGAUAGUUACCCACAAUCCACCCCUCUCUCGUCGCGUAAAAGUAGUAAGAAACAGUCGAACGUCGUCCAGAAGUCUAACUCAUUUAGUGGAGCGGCAACGAUCCGACAAUACACACAGUCCCAGACAACGCCUGUUCUAAGUCGGAAAAACUCAAAGUUUUUGAAAUCAUCUUUUCUUAGUGACAAACCAGACCCUAAAGACCUCCCAACCCCCACUAGCACCCCGACUCAGAGCCGUAAAAACAGACGACGAUCAAAUCUAUUCAAUCCGACAAGAUACCAUACUCAGCCUAUACAUUUGAAUGUGUUCUCACAUAAACCGAAGAACAAGGACAAAGAUAAAGACAAGGACAAGGGCCAGACAGAGGAGAAGACACUAGAUGGAGAGAAAGUCGGGUGUGGACGAGUCAUACCCAUCAAACAGGGCUACCUGUACAAGAAGAGCCAUGGUCUAAAUAAGGACUGGAAGAAGAAGUAUGUCACAUUACUGGACGACGGCAGACUCACAUACCAUCCCAGUCUACAUGACUAUAUGGAAGACGUCCGUUGUAAAGAGAUCCCUCUUGGUAAUGUGACCGUAAAGGUACCUGGUAUGCGACCUCGAGGUUCAAGGUCAACCAGCUCCACCCAGGACCCCACCAACAAUGGCAAUAUGGCCAUGGAGAUGAACAAUCUCUCUAUAGGAGGCAAAUCCAAGGAGGGCUCAGUAGAUGAUAGAACCAAUCUAGAUGAUGCAUUUGUAAUACCUAACUCACUAACUCCAGGUAUUCCAAAUGGAGAUUUGAACAAGUUACAAGUAAAUAAUAACUCAAAUAUAGGCUCAAAAAUAGAAACUCCGAAUGUGAAGAAGCGACAUCGGAGAGCGAAAAGUGGCGGAAUCAAGGACUCCGGCCAGGGUGAUGACCAGGAAGGGUAUGAAUUCCACAUUGUCUCCCUCUUCAAUAAACAGUGGCAGUUUGAGGCAUGCAGUAUUGAUGAGCGUGAUGAGUGGGUGACAUCGAUAGAGCAGCAGAUCCUGGCCAGUCUCCAGGGUAACGAGAGUAGCGGGAAGAAGCAGUCGACCACCGACCCUGCAGGAAUACUCGCCAUCCGUAACACACGUGGGAAUAACCUCUGUGCAGACUGCGCUACUCCAGCACCGGAGUGGGCGAGUCUAAAUUUGGGGACCCUCAUCUGUAUAGAAUGCUCAGGAAUCCAUAGAAAUCUAGGAACACAUAUAUCCCGAGUCAGGUCGCUAGGCCUGGACGAGUGGCCGUUAGACCUGAUUCAUGUGAUGACGUCUGUAGGCAACAACCUAGCCAAUACGGUGUGGGAGUUUAACUGUAAAGGCCGGGUAAAACCCUCAACCGCUACUCCGAGGGAGGAGAAGGAGAAGUGGAUUAGAGCAAAAUACGAAGCAAAAGAGUUUUUACCUCCACCACCUUAUAUUGAUAUUCCCCUUAACCAGCAAUUAAUAGAUGCUCUUGUACGGGAGGACAUCAGAAACAUAGUGCUGAUACUGGGUCACGCCGUGGCCGAGGAUAUUACCGCCCCGUACAGCAAAGAUGACGGACGUACGGCCCUCCAUAUAGCAGCCGCUCUUGGCAAUGUGGUGUUUGUGCAACUACUGUUAUGGCAAAAUGCCAAUGUGCGAGUCGUUGACCACGAGGGAAGGAAUGCUCUGUGGUACGCUAAAAGUUCCGGGUCCCAAGAAUGUGUGGAACUUCUUGUGAACAGCGGCUGCCCAGAAAACCCCACAUUACCACGGAGACGGGGGAGCGCCCACCAGGGGGGUGGGGGCGGAGGGGGUGGGGGGAAAAAUGACGUCCUCGAAAAAUUGCAAGCCAGUGUAAUUUAGCAAUACAAGUGCUGAAGAGUGAUAUUCCAUUAUAGGGAGUAUUAUCUGGAAAAUAGGACAUAAAUAAAGUGUGGAACCAUUUAUUAUAUUCGCCAUUUUGUGAUCCAGAACUGUUGUGAAAUUACUACCAUAUUUGUAUUUAUUUCUGGUUCCGCUUGCCCUGUUUUCGCAUAUUUCGAAACUUGCCAUGUCAGCGGUCAUUCAUAAAUUAGUGUUGUACGCUUUUGUCAAGGAAGAACGUAAGAAGUAAGCUACGGAAACAAGUAAACUCAAGCAGAUAUAUAGCCAUUAAGUAUUAAAAUAAACAGAAAUAGUUUGGGAAGCAGCAAACUUUAAAAAGCAUACAGUCAUUGUUGUGAAGACCGCAAUGUUUCUGCUUUCAACUGCAGUUCCGGUUAGUGAAUUCAUGGUUGUGUCCCUUAGGUGUAUAAUAAGUGCAGCGUGCUAUGGAAAAAAGAGGAGAAAUUGAACUUGCAAUGAAGUGCGGGAUGUGUAAAUACCAGUGGGUUUUAAUUGAGAUAUGUAUGUCAGGGUACAUGUGCGUCAUACGCCUGGCAUUACAGUUAAAAUGUGCAAUAAAAGACAAUUUUUUUUAAAAUUGAUAAUUGCUUGGACUAUAAUGGUGUGAAGUCCAUAUAUCAGCCUCUAAUGUUAGGUAGCUAGGGUUUAUACAAUAGUCAACCUUUUGUAGAUAUUUCCGAGUAGAAUGGAUUUUAUAAAAGUUACCCGGAGUGACAGUAAUCUGUAACAGUUGCUUUGUGUAAAUUUUUAACAUUUUUAGGCAAGAAAAUGGCACAUACACAGUUUAAGUUUCAUAAAAUCAAGGAUUAAAUUUGUUUUUUGUUUUUUUUAUAAAAAAAACAAUUAUUUAAGAUAAGAUCAUUGGAUGGAAUGAAGUAUAUUUCUUUUUACCAUAGGCUGAAAACUCAACUACUGAUUAUAUAGUAUAAAUUAUCAGUAUUACUAGAGUAGCUAUUUUCAAUGGCAGCCUUUGUAGACUUGAAUGCAUCAUAGACUAAAUACACUAUGAAUUGCCUCAUAAAAGCGUAUUUUACAACACUAUAUGACCGGAGAAUAAAUCAUUUUUAAAUAAAUUUCGAUAUUAGCUAAUUGUGCUUUGGUAAGAGACAAAAAAAAUCUUCAAAUUUUUAUGGUGGUAAAUUGAAUGAUUUGACCCCAAGUUAAGGUUUGAAAAAAAAUCAAAUCUUUUAUUACCGGGUACUUGUUAUACCCAAUAUUGAUUUUCUUUCCAAUUAUAUUGUAAAAAGUGUAUUUCAUAAAAUUUAAUAUCUUAAUAUUUAUCUUUUCAAUAAUAAUUUCUGUCUCAGUGUACAAUUAUAUAUUAUUUAUUCAUAAUGGCAUAUUUCAAUUUCUUGAUUCUGUAUUAUUUGUUAGUUUUGAACCGAUACAAAUAUUUUCACAUAAUUGAAAAAAAAUAAACACAAAACGUUUUUAAGGGAGAAGUUAUUAAAUUUUCAUUCAUGAUCAGUUUCAUAUUAAUAAUUGAUAUUAGAAUCAUAUUCAAAAGGAAUCGUUUACAUAAUCCAGAAUUUGUGCAAUUUUUUUCACUGUCAUUGAUAGUCUUCUUUUCAUUACUCAACGUGAUCAUCAAAUAUUUCCUUGCAAGUGCUGUAUUUAAAACGCAACAAAGAAAUACUUGAACCUUGUUUGAAUAUCUGCAUAGGCCAGUAGUGAUCAUCAAAUAUUUCCUUGCAAGUGCUGUAUUUAAAACGCAACAAAGAAAUACUUGAACCUUGUUUGAAUAUCUGCAUAGGCCAGUAGUGUUCUAUUCCUUAGAUAUGCAGUAAAGAAUUCUCAUACAUUUAUAUUAUAUCAGCAUAGUAGCAGUAGACCUUUCUGCGGAGACUGUUUUACAAAUUUUCAAAAAUUACUACAAAAGCUAUCCAUUUCUGGGUAGUUCCGACCAUGGCUUCAUUGUUUGAACCUGUAGCUGAACUAUUGAGGCGAAACCGCCGAGUAAUGUUUGGCAACAGAAGGUAUCUGCAAAAAGGACUAUUACAUUAAAUUUUGUAGCAAACCGCUUACCGCUAUUUCGGCACGUGUUCUCAUUUGAGCUAUACUCAAAUAAAGAUAUUCCAUGCUUAUUUUCUAGACGUUUCGAAUCUCAAUUGUCAUUUCUAUCGAUUUUGCUUUUCCUUGGCAGAAUAUUUACAAUAUGAAACAAGAUUUUAAGUAUUAGAUAAAACAAUUUUCCAUUUAAAUUUUGAUAUUAUAAGGUUUUACUUGAAAAUGUAACAUGGUAAAAAAAGAAAACUGAUAAAUUUGUUUGAAUACGAUUUUAAGAAUACACAAAUAUUCAUUAUUCAUUUGUCUUUAGAAAGUUAAUAUUUUUACUAUAAGAUAAAAUAUCUAAGAAUAUAUGAUAUAAUUUCAUUGAUCAUUUCUGUAAUAUAUAUAUCAGCUAAAAGCACCAUUUAUGGUUAUUUAUGAAGUGUAUGAUUAGGUAAGAUUUCUGUUUGUGUUUGUAGGUGUUAUCUCAGUAUAUGUCGAAUAUUGUUAUAUGUAUAAUUAUGAAAUGCAAACUAAAUUAAAGGAAAAAUAC